AAGCGGCGUAGACCCCACUCGUAUGGGGAAGAGUCUGAUAUUCCCCAGCUUGCUUCUGGGAGUUAUACGAAAAAAUAUGAACCCAACUGAAAUGGUACAACACUUCAUGAAGGGAAAAGAUGUGACCAAUUUCCGUUACUUACUUUUCCCGUUAAACUCAGGUGAAGGUCCCAUGAGCAGAAUACCCCACUGGACUCUACUUGUUUAUGAUAGGAUUAACUGUUCAUGGGAGCAUUUCAACUCCUCAUUGCCUAGAAGAUUGGACGGAAAAGAAGAUCCAUUCUUGGUUGAUGCCAAAGAAAUGAAGAGUUUCAUGCAAAUUGCAAAUGGGAAGAUGAAAUUUGGUAUUAAGUCAAAUGCCAAAUUAGUUUCCGUUUUGACAUCACCACAACAAAAGCCUGAUUCAGUUGACUGCGGGAUGUUCGUCCUUUAUAUCGCACGACAAUUUUGUCGCCAACAGCCCUUAGACAUUAAAGAUGCACAAAAUGGGAUAUGCGCAUUACGAAGUGACUUUGUUCAUCAAUUCUUAAACGAUGAACACACUGUGAAGUUAGAUUAGCGCAUAAUGAUCAGAUUUUAGAACCUACCUUGAACUCUUGCUAUUUUGGAUAUUUAAUUUGGUUGCAUUUUGAUACAAUUAUAAUUUUGCAGUUGCUAAAACAUCCUUGUAUUAUUCUAUACCUUGAUGUACUUUUCUCGUUGUUUA